GAUAUCUUUCGAGUCUCUCUCCCAAACGUUUCGCCUGUAUUCGCUCCCAAAAACCCUCCCAAUGUCUUCUUCUUCUUCUUCGACUCAAGUGGCCGCCAAUGUCGAAGCCGAGUACGCCAAGUCCGGCAAGUCCUCGUGCAAGAAGUGCUCGGAACCAAUCGAGAAGAAAGCUCUGAGGCUGGGCACCAAAGACCCGCGUGGUUAUACCAAGUGGCACCACUUGUGUUGCUUCAGUUUUGGGUCCGACCCGGUUGCUUCGGUUGACAAGAUUAAAGGGUUUCAGUCUCUCAAGAGUAGUGAUCAGGAAGCUUUGAAGGAUGAAUUUGAGAAAUCUAAAGAGGAGGAUUCAAAUGGAAAGAAAAGUUCUCAAAAUCUAAAGGUUCGUGAAGUAGAUCAUGAAGCUGAAGAUAAAAAUGUAGGGGAAAGGAAGUUGAAGAAAUCAAAGGAUUCUUCUUCGACCCAUGUCGAAGCCGAGUACGCCAAGUCCAGCAAGUCCUCGUGCAAGAAGUGCUCGAAACCGAUCGAGAAGAAAGCUCUGAGGCUGGGCACCAAAGACGCGCGUGGUUAUACCAAGUGGCACCACUUGGGAUGCUUCAGUUUUGGGUCCGACCCGGUUGCUUCAGUUGACAAGAUCAAAGGAUUUCAGUCUCUGGAGAGUAGUGAUCAAGAAGCUUUGAAGAAUUUGGUGGAUGAAUUUGAGAAAUCUAAAGAGGAGGAUUCAAAUGGUAAGAAAAGUUCUCAAAAACGAAAGGUUCGUGAAGUAGAUGAAGAUGAAGAUGAAGAUGAAGAUGAAGAGGAAGAUGAAGAUGAAGAUGAAGAUGAAGAUGAAGUAGGGGAAAGGGAGUUAAAGAAAGCGAAGGUAUGAUGACUCCCUCUUAGAGUGGGUUUGUUUGUUUAACUCUAGGUCUGGAUCGAAAGGAAACCUCUCUCUCUCUCUGAAAAAAGCAAACCGAUAAGUUCUUCCACCUUCUCCUCCCCCCUCUCUCGCCAGAUCUCGAUCAAUGGCUUGAGAGGGGGGAUCAUAGAUCUAGAUUUCUCUUCUGUUUUUGCUGGUUCUGUAUUCCCUUUUGGUUUUCUUUCUUUCGGUUUUUUCCAUGCCUGUCAUAUUCAGCGGUUUUGCUCAAAGUUCAUCUCUGUUCUGACCUUGCUUAGGUCUCUUUGUUUUCGAUUUCAAAUUUCUUAGAUUCAUUUGUUUCCAUCCUCUUCAUCUCCCUUGUUUUGCUUUGUUUGGUUCAUUGGCUCUUCAGAGCUUUGGUUUUUUCACUAUCGCACGAGGUGAUGCAACAAGGGACUGUGUACCUUCGGGUACCUGUCUUUUCGGUCCUCCCCAAGAUCUCACCUUCAUCCGGUUUAUCCAGACUCAUUUCAUUCGGUUGCUGUGUCUCUGGUUCUUUAGGUUCUUGAUGCAUGUGAUGAUUACGGUGAUUUCUGGAGGUUUGAAGGUCUUGCUCGAUCCGUUGCAAUGGAAGGCUAUUACCGAUGUUUGCUUCACGAUGGAAUGGAGGCUCUGUCUUUCACGACGGUGUGGUCGCUGGUCGU